AUGUAUGAAGAAUACUUUUCCGAAUACAGUACACCGCUGGAAAUAGUUUUGCCUGAUGAACUGGAUUAUUUUGAUCGCCAUUUACAAUGGCGUCUAUUUCAUGCUAUUGCAAUUCUCGAAAAUACUAAUUACACGAUGAAGGCAACUUUCUGGCUUCCAAUAUUUCUAGAUUUUCUAAAAAAUAAAAGGAAUACCGAACGAUUUUUCGUCAAUUCAGCUUCACUUCACGGAAAGAUGGUACGUUUCCCGCAACAUCCGGCAUACAGGUUUGUUGGCUGA